AUGGAAUCAGGGACGAUCCGUAUCUACACCGAUGGCAGCGGCAUUAACGGCCACGUCGGUGCAGCUGCAGUCGCCCCUGAGCUCCGGCUCGACGGCAUCAGCGCAAGGCGGACUCAGUACGUGGGCACCUGGGACGUAUCCACGGUAUUCGCGGCGGAGCUCCACCAGCUGGAUCUGGCUCUCCAGGCUGUGGUUGAUGUCAACAGAGCAGGAGCCAGUCCUGGCCGGACUCGGUAUGUCCACUGGCCAGCACAUCCUCAUCAGAGCAGUACAGGCCUUGGACGAGCUUCGGCACCAGAAAUACAGUAA